UUCUGAUCAAUGAUGAUUCCCACGGGUGGUGCUCACGCAGGCACUGAAUCGGGCAGCUUUGGGGUCCUGUGUGUUUUACUGCACAGAUAGCCUGCAUAGUGCAGCUACGCUAACUGAAGUGCUUGUGUUUUGUAUUUGCAGGUGAGCACAAGUGAUGUGAUGAUGUAUAAACAGAAUGAUGUUGACGUAUGAGAAAUGUAUUAGAGUAAGUUGCGAAUGAGCAAGUAAAGAGAACGAUUCUGAACUCAUGCAAGCCUGGAAGUGUCAUUUGUCCAAGUGUGCAACACAUGAAAUGACUCUAGUGUCUGCACAAGCUUUUCAGUACUGACAAUAUUUCCUGUUUCUAUUUCAAUGAGCAAAGAUGUGGACCAUUCAAAGUCUGCUGUUCAUCUUCUGCAUUUCUCUGAGAUGUCUGACCAGUGCAGUAGGGAUGAUCCAUGUGACUGGAUAUGUGGGGAGAGAGGUUAAUAUCUCCUGCUCUUAUGAUCAGAGUUAUGUAUCUCAUGAGAAGUUCCUAUGUAAGAACGACUGUGGCAACAGUGAUAUUCUCAUUACAACAUCACAAGCAAGCAAAACCAAAUACUCAAUUUAUGAUGACACCAGUGCACGAAUCUUCACAACAACUAUCUUUGAUCUUCAAUAUACGGAUGCUGGAAAAUACUGGUGUGGAGUGACGAAAACUGGAACAGACAUCUACACUGAAGUCAAGCUGAAAUUAGUACAAGACAGCUGCUGUGACACUGUGACCAAAGUUCAAAGUUAUGAGGGACACUCUGAGUCUGUCAGUUGUCGGUAUGAGUCUCAGUACCAGAACAGUCUGAAGUACAUCUGCAGAGGAAAUCGGCCCUCCACAUGUCUGCAGCAGGCACUAAUCACCUCUGACACCAAACAAAAUGCACGAUUCAGACUUGAUGAUGACAAAGUGUCAGGAACAUUCACAGUGACCAUUAACAGUUUGACUCGUAAUGAUUCAGGAUCAUACCUCUGUGGUGUCCACAGAAACUCUGACCUGGAUGUUUUCUCUCCUUUUGAGCUGGAAGUUGAAGAGUGGUGCUGUGUCAAAUCAACUAAAAUAAAUGGUACUGCAGGACAUCCACUAACUUUGCAGUGUCCUUAUCCUCCACAACAUUGGGAUAACAGGAAGUUCCUCUGUAAGGGAGACCACCGCAACAAUUGCUCAGACAUGGUGACGAGUCAAAGCAGGUUCACACUGCAAGAUGAUGCUGCUUCCAGCUCUUUUAUCGUGAGGAUCACAAAACUGGAAGCAGCUGAUGGUGGGACAUACUGGUGUGGGUCAGACUCACAGUGGAGAGUUGGAAACUACACCAAGAUUGAGCUGUCAGUCUGUCUGCACUGCACAAGCAAUGUAAGUCUUGGUACCACAGCAGAAACUCAGAGAACACAAAUCCCAGAUUCAGCACUCUGUGUGGUUCACGUUGCACCCUCAGUGCUGCUACUGAUGAGUGUUUUAGUUAUUUGUUGUUUAUAAGUUCUACAAACAACUUAUAAUCUUCCUGGGUUUAAGCAACUGAGGUCUCCGUGAGCACAGUAACCCCAAGUCAAACACUUCAGAGGACGUGAUGGAUGCAAAGUCUUAAGUCUUAAUAGGGUAGUUUUGACUAUAUGAAUAUAUAUCAUGAAUAUAUGUGAUACAAGAAAACUUGAUUUGCUGUUAGUUGUGUUUAAUAUGCAAAGUUUGUUCAGCAUGUGGCACAGCUGGAUGCUCAUUAUAUCUCCUAUUUUUAUUAAUUAUCUGCACAUUUUUCUUUUUGACACUGAGGAAUGAAACUCCAACUUGACUCACUGGCAGAGGUUUGCAACUGUAAGUCAAUAAUCCUACUUUGCCUGCAGUGAUAGGGAAGGGGAGGGAAAUCCAAAAUGUGUCCAUCAGUAAUCAAGGUCUCUGCAGCAUGUACUGUUCAUUGGUCUCUGUUGUCUUUGUUGAGCAGUUAUAUGCAGUUAUUCAAACCAAUCCAGCCCUUUCCCCUAAAAAUACCGGAUAAGCUGACAGCAUCCUUCAGAGGAGCCAAUAUCCUUCCUUUUCAAUGUCACUGGAUGUUGUGUCACAGGGAGCCCCCUGCUGGUGUUAGUGUAACAUUGAAUACAGUGUUUAUGGGGCAAUAUCUGAAAUAAGUGUAUUUAAAAUAAAUGCAGACUUCAGAUUACAUCACCCAAUAAUUGGUAUUGUGUUGGUUUCUUACAUGUUAAUUAUAACGCUUGUUAUUAUGUUUACUAACUUUAUGAAAUAAUGACUUAAAUGAGAGGAUGGAGUACAGUGGUCCGUCGUUUAUCGUGGGAGUUACGUUCUAAAAAUAACCUGCAAUAGGUGAAAUCCACGAAGUAGCCAACUUAUUUACUGCACUGUAAAUAAACACACUGCUUUUGUUAUAGAUGUUUUAAGGCUGUAAAACC